AUGAGCAGCAAAAGCAACCGCAGCGCCAAAGACAGCGAAAGCCGCCAGCCUUUGCCUCUUUUAACAUCUCUAGACUCUCCUGAAAAAUACGAUGAAUCACGACAAGAACCUCAACAAUCAUCAAAGGCAAUAAAAUUACCGGAGUCUCUAGCUCAGGCGCAGGCGCAGACGCCGCGCAAGCAGGACGAGCUGCAGGACCAGCAACGGCACCUCGCGCAGGGCAACGAACAUUUCCGACAUGCGCAACUUGCGCGAGAGCUGGCCUUCUCUGCGUUCUGCCUUGUUGUUCCAUUGAUGCUGGUGGCGAUUCCCAACAUGCGAGAUCUGCAACGGCAGCGACAGCGACAGCAGCAGGCCUUUGCUGCCGCGGCUGCGGCUGCGGCUGCGGCUGCAGGCGGAAGUUUUUCAUCGACCCCCCCUGAGUUGUCGUUGUUGUUGGAGGAGGGGGAUCCGGAGGAGGGCGUCGGGAGCUGCGGCGCCCAGCGAGCGGCAGGAUGGCUGCUGCCGGACUUCCCCUGCAGAGCUGAUUUCUUACAGCAGGCCCUUCACGUCUUCUCAAGGCCUCGCUUCUAUCUCCUGGAACGAGCAAUUCUCAUGGGUGAUUGGGUUCUGCUCACGUGGUACGCCGUACAUCUGACUGUCGUACUUUUCACUGGUACACUUCUCGUAGCCGGAGCUGUCGGCGCUGGAAGGGAGCGGUCGCGGCCCGCGCAGGCGCGCAUGUGGGUGCUGCGGAACCCCCGCGGCCCAGCGGCGGGUACGACAGACGGAAACUCGCCUCGCGCCGCGGCCGCCUCCGUUGCGGCUGGCGCCACGCCAGCAGCAGCCGCGACGGCGUUACUGCAGCGCACUUGGGCGGCGUACCGAGAGCCAUUGAUGCUGGCUGGCGCGCCGUACAAGUGCGGGAUAGUAGUGUUAUCGCAUGCCGUACAUUGGGCAUUACGCCACGGCUCCGUACGGCCAUGGCAUUGGCGCAUGACGGGGGCGGGGGGUCUGGGAGUGGCGACGCACACUCGGCCCUGGACGAUGGCGGCGCUUGCGGUAGCGUCAGCGGCAUGUCAUCGGGUUCGCCCCCGGAUGCUGACGUUGACAGCAGUCUGUGCGGGCUACGCCUGUGUCGUACUCACGCUGUUGGCGCAUCGCAUGGUGGGGCUGAGGCUGGUUCCGGAGCCGCCGCCGCCGCCGAUGACUCAAGCGGUGGGUCUGGAUCUGGAUCUUGAUUUGGAUUUGGAUCUGGGCCUAGACGGACCCACGGGUCAUACAACACCGCGGGAGGCGUACGGCGGCGGCAGCGGCCGCCGUAACGCCGCGCUCAAGGCGUUACUGCGUGUAUUACUGGUGCACGGCGCUCCAAUUCUGUACGUCAGCGCUCCGGCUUUGCUUGGCUUGGCUCGCUCAACUGCCGCGCGGCUGCGGGGGAUUCGGAUCCUGACCUGGAGCCGGAUCCGCAUCGGCGCGGCGGCGAUAACGAUGGCGACGACUAUGACGACAGCGCGGCGGCGGUACUGGCGGUUUUGGGCCCCUGUGCGGUCCAGGGGUUGGUGGCGGUGGGUGGCGGUGGGGGGAAGGAGGAAGGAGGAGGAGCAGCAUCCAGAGGUGAUAGAAGAGCAACAAGAGCAGCGGGAGGAGGGCGACGGAGGCAGGAAGGCGGCGAAGGAGGGGGGUCGGACUACGGGGUGGGAAUUGGCGGCAACGGCGCCGGAGGAGAAGGCGGAGGUGGUGGCGGCGGAACGGCUGCAGCAGCCGCCAGCGCAAGUGGCGGCGGCAGCGGCGGCGGCAGUAGCAGCGAUCUCAACAGCAGCUCCUCGACCCGGCAGUAGCAGCGGAGCCCCUCACUACUUAUCACGCUGUCGAAGUGGAGGCGAAGGAGGGCAACUGAAGCGACAGCAGCAGCAGCAGCAAGCGCAGGGACCCGUAUCGUCCGCUGGUGAAGCGUCAGGAGCAGCGGUAUCGACUGCUGUUGCGGAUAUGCCCGCCUGCCCUGCCGCUGCCGCUGCUGCCGUGUCUGACGCCGCAGAAACCGCCGACGCCGCCAACCCCACUGCCGCCGUACUCGCAUCGGAGGCAACAGCAGUCAGCGGCAACAGCAGCCGCGGACGGGGCCUUGGUGGCACAGCCGCUUCCACGGCCGCCGCCGCCGCCGCCGCGUCGGCCCCCCCGGAGCGCCCCGUCAGCGUGCUGUACAAUCCAUCUCAGAAGCGUCGUACAACAACAAUGGUCCUCAGUGCCAAGUACGACAUUCCGAACGGCAUGUCGUACGACGAAGCCGCCGCAGCUCUCCGAGCCGCGGCGACGAAGGCGGCGCACAAUGUGCUGACGGCCGCUACCUCCCGGAGGAAUCUAGUCGUCGUAGUACGAUUGUACGACGGCGAGGACGGCACCGGUGCUAUCAACACUGGCGAUUGCAGCAGCAGUAUGGGCUGGAGCAGCCGCAGCGGGCGGUUGGGAUGCGGCGGCGCCGCCGCCACUACCCGCCGAGAUUGUGGCGGUGGCAGCGGCGGCUGUAGCUCUCUUCAGAACGGCGGCAUAGGCAACGUCCCAGGCCAAGUGGGCGAGGUAGGGGAUGGUGAGAGGGAGGCUGGCGCUGGCGGGGCUUCGGGGGCGGCGGCGUCAGCGGCGUCGGCGGCGGCAUGUGGCCUGGUCCCGCGAUUACGUCGGUGCGUGUCCGCCGCCGCCCGGCAGCUGGGUCUGCGGGAGAUGGCCUUGAGUGGCACAAUGCUACAGCGGCAGCUACAGCUACAGCCCCGACAGUCGGCAGCAGCAGCGGCGGCGGCGGCGGCAGCAGCCGGCGGUCUAGAUGCCGCCGCCGCCGCGCCCCCAGCAACGGCAAUCAACGGCGGUGAUGAUUGCGGGGCCUCUGCGCUUCCGUACAUCGUGCCAGCUGUGCUGCCGUACGACGCCACGGGCACCGGCCUUGCGGAGUCGGCGGCGGACAGCGAGUGUCGCCUGUACUUGCCGCCGAACUAUCUGGAGCCAUGGGCGCCUGUCGUACACAUGGGAGAGACGCCACGGCUGCUGCUGCCGCCGUCGCCGCCGCCAUCGCCGGCAUCCCCGGCGUCCCCGCUACCCUACCUCCAAUCUCAUCAUGGCAACCCAAAUUUCGCGUCGGCGCCUCCGCUGCCGUACAGGCCAUGGCCCAGUGGUUUGGUGGUGGUCGCCGCUAUCCCGGGAUCGACGGCGUCACCCGUUGUCGUACAUCCUGCUGAAACCGCUGGCACCGCUGCGGAGCUUACCGAAGCCUCAGAAUUUGACCAUUCGCCUUCGUCCAGCUCUUCUGAUGGUCCCCGUCACGAUGAUGAGUCCUCAUCCGCAGCUGCGGGGGCUCCGUUACGGCUUUCCCUGCCAACCGACCUGAUCCGGCGGCUCAUGGAAUCCGUCGAGGACCGACCCGCGGCUGAUUCGGGCGGUGGCGCUGGCGGUGGCGACGGUGCCGUUGCUUCCGCUGCCGCUACUGCCGGCGGCGAGGGCCCGCUAGCGCAGCAGCCUGCUCGCUGGCUGUGCAGUCUUCCGCUGCUGGUGGCGCCCGAGGGCCCCGUUGGGGAGCUCCGGUCGCUGUGGCAGCGCAUGGUGGGCGAGGUGGCAGCAGAGGGGCUGGAGGCGGACAGGGAGGAGAGGGGGAAGGGGGAGGAGGAAGGGGGGGAGGAGGGCGGCUCUGCGGACGGGGUCCCUCUGGCGGCGCUCCGUGCUGCACUGCGGGCGGCGCUGCCCGAGGGUUCCGGAGCUAGUGCGGGUGCGGAUGCGGAUGCGGUACAGCGGAGUAUGGCGGCAGGGCGGCAGCGGCAGUUCCUCAGCCCGGCAAUGCUGGCUGAGGAGCAACCGCAGCAACAGCUUCCGGAUAUGAGCUACUGCUACAGCGCCGUCGAGGGUGCGGCCUUCCACGGCCACUUCGCGCCGCUGCUGGAGGACAUCGCCGCCGCCGCCACCGUCGCCACCGCCGCCGCGGGCGGUGGCGUUCGUGGCGGUAUUGGUGGCGGUACGGCGGCAGCGUCCGGGUUCCUAGCUGCCGCCAGUCCGAAUGAGGAGGGGGUUCUGGCGCCCAGCGGGGGCUCUCGCGGGGUGCGAUCCUCCUGCUCGGGAGAGGGGAGGGGGGCGGAGGCGGGUCGACAGCUGCUCACCAUCGUGCUCGGGUAUUUGGAGGUGCUAGGUCUGACGGCGUGUGCGGAAUGGCUGGCCGCCGGUAGCGGCACCGGCGGUGGAGGCGCCGACGACAGUUUCUCUGGCGUCGUCCAGACUCGAGCGGCAUCGCCGUCACCGCUAACGCCCGAGUCGCCGCCGUCGAUAAGCCGACGGGAAGACGCAGCGGCGGCGCACGGCAGGGACAGCGGCGGCGGAGGCGGAGGCGACAAUGACGUAAGGCCGGUGCAGGUCAGAGACCUGGAGACAGCGUCUGGUGUGAUGAACAACCACCCGCUGCUGCUGCUGCUGCAUUCGCUGAGACGACGUAGUGCUGGUCAACAGCAGCGGCAGCGACAGCGCUGCCACCAAGUGAGACCUUGGGUCCCCGCCGCUGUACGGCACGUUGCAUCGCAUACCGUCCGCGCCACCGCCGCCGCCGCCGCAGCGUAUCGUGCGAUGGGCGGCUUUGCCGAUCCUGUCGUAGAGGCUGCCUAUACGGAGUGGCGCAUUCGGGGUGCUCCAGGGGGGUGGGGGCCGCUGGCGGCGGCCGCCGGUGUCGGCGGCGUCGGCGUGGUGGUGACGAAGCUGCGGUUGGACCGGUACGGCAUUGACCGAUCGCUGGUCAAGGCGCUGGCGGGCAUGCUGUGGCUGCUGUCGCCUAUGGCGGGGCAGUACGUGCGGACGAGCUUGCUGGCGCUGCUGCUUCAGCGCCGCGAGCGACCCAUGGGUCCUAAGCCUGGCUGUGUCUCAACGGAGGGCCCAGCAGGGAGAGUUGACGUCACGUCUGCGCCGUCGGACGGCGGCGGCCUUCCACCGCCGCCCCCAACUCGGCCCGUAGCCGCGGCGGCAGCGGAGGCUGUGGUAAUGACGAGCCUGCCGUGGUACGACGCCCUAGCAGCGGCAUGUACGGGCUUGCUGGCGAGCGUGCUGGGCUUGGUGACGUACACCUGUAGCCGACCGGAACUGGAUGUACGGCAGGACGAGGCGGGGUUUGUAUUCGGCAUCUUCGCGGGGCGGUCUGUUUUCCCCCCGAUCGCGACACAGCUUCGUCCUGUAGCCCAGAUGUUGGUGAGUGGCGGGAUGGCGGCGGUGGAUUUUGUGCAUGUGCGCGUGCUGUGGGGCGGUGCCGUACGGCCGGCACUGCUGGUAGCGGCGGUGGCAGCGGUGGCGGCCGUCAAUUUGGGUGUCAGCGCGGCGCUGGAUGCGAGGCAGCGGCGGGCUUUCACGGCGGCGGCGGGGACGUUUGCGGGGGUGGCUGCCGCCGGACGGACGGGUGCUGGCGCUGGAGGGAAACCACCACCUGGCAAGAGCUCCGAAUCCACCGCUGAGUAG